AUACGAUACAGUGCGGAUACGGCGCUGGUGUACGUGUGGUUAUGUAACUGCAAACGCCAACCCUACACACAUCACCGCAAAUUCUGCGCGACCGCAAACAGCGGAUACCCAACCUAAUCCGGAUAUUUGAUCGAGAAAUGCAUGUGGGAGGGUGAGGGCUAGGUAUUAAUCCAUGACAACGCACCUUGAUGCAAACAGAGUCAGUUCCCCCGCAAGCCACCGAAGACCGCAUACAUACGCCAAGCGGGGUCAUGUCCACAUUGCAUUCCAUGCACACGCACGAGAGACAGCGCAGCUGUUGUCUAUACCAGAGCCAUUCAGGCUUCAGCUUCUUGGUGACUUGCUCUUUGCCGUGACCGACGGUUUGCUGGGCGCGAUUUCACCGAACUUCCCCAAUAAGAACAUCUCAAAUCGUGCGCACGGAAACCUUCAGCACUCCACCAGAAUUCCUCGUUGCGCGAGGGGCUGUUUCCGAACCAGUGGAUGUGAUAUUGAGCGCUUUGCCAGCCUGUGGGCGGAACAACAACGGAACAUCCGGUGCGGAACAUCCGGUGCAGAACAAGUGGAUGAGAGGGAUCGUGUUCCAGCAAGCGGACAAAACAUCGUUCCACCCGGACUGAAACACCACGGACCAAUCGAAAUGAAACAGUCUUCCACCGGAUAUGGGGAAACACCACACACGCCACUGGAGCUUAUCCGCCAGUGCGGUUUUGAAAUCGAAGUUGAGCACAUUGGAAUGGCACCCGACCAUGAUCUUAUUCUUGGUGGAUGUAGCGAGUGACAGCCAGUGAAUCUACAUCGUCGUUGGACUCGACUAAUCGUUCUGCAUCUUAUCAUAAUCCUCAAUAAUAUUCUAAGGGUGACUGAGCAGAGCGAACUAGAGGGUAAAUUCCCCGUGUUUACGAUCUAUAUUUCGACUCGGAAGCCAACUGACCAGCGAGAA